GCUCACGUCAACUGAAACCAAGUCAACAGUUUUGACGUCUUCUCUUCAGAAAUGAAGCAGGCGGUCGGCCAUCUUCCUGAACGCACGGACUAUAAUGAUUUUAUUAUUACAAACAUGAGCUACACAGCUGACACACGAGUAGGGACAUGUAACGUAAGCUAGUUUGUAGAUGUAGUUUACCAAGCUGCUACACACACACACACACACACACACACACACACACACACACACACACGUGUCCCAUCUCCAUACCAGGUUAACAAGAAUAAGAUCAUCGGCUGAAGUGAGUGCCAUCUUCCAUGUUGAGGAACCGGGUUAAUGAUUUAUUCUGUCUUUGCUGCAGCCUGUUUGUGCCUGUGCUCCCGUCAUGGUGGGGUUUUUGCAGAGAACAUUAAGACUGAGGACCGCUCCUCGACAUCUGAGCCCCCACAGCACCUUCUCAUCAGCCACCACAGCGGGACGUCCACCUGUGGACCUUUGCGGUUCUUUUCUUCCCGCCUCCUCACGGCAGUCUGGAGUCCGCUGUCGAAAGCUGCACUCGGAGGGGGGGUCCGAGCCGUCCCCGGCCGCGGCCCCCGACAGGCGGCCCUUCUCCAAAAUAACUUGGGAAGAUUUGGACUCCUUCAGGAAGAUCGUACCAGGCCGAGUCAUCACUGACCCUGACCUGCUGGAGUCCAGCAAUGUGGAUUGGCUCAAGUCCGUGAGAGGUUCCAGUGAAGUGUUACUGAGACCUCAAACAACAGAGGAAGUUUCUCAAAUUCUCAAGUAUUGUAACGGUCGUAAUCUGGCAUUGAACCCUCAAGGAGGUAACACUGGGCUGGUGGGAGGCAGCGUGCCGGUUUAUGAUGAGAUCGUCCUCUCCACUGCCCUCAUGAACAACAUCCUUACUUUUGAUAGUAUCUCUGGGAUUCUGACCUGUCAGGCAGGUUGUGUCUUGGAGAACUUGUCCGGUUACCUUGAGGAGAGAGACUACAUCAUGCCACUCGAUCUGGGGGCAAAAGGAAGUUGCCACAUUGGGGGAAACGUGGCAACAAAUGCAGGUGGACUCCGGCUGCUGCGAUAUGGCUCCUUACACGGGACUGUGCUGGGUCUGGAGGCGGUGUUGGCCGAUGGGCGAGUGCUGGAUUGCCUGGCCACGCUGCGUAAAGAUAACACAGGGUAUGACCUCAAACAGCUCUUCAUCGGGUCAGAGGGCACGCUGGGGGUCAUCACUGCAGUGUCCAUCCUUUGUCCACGGAAACCCAAAUCCGUGAAUGUGGUUUUUCUGGGCUGUGAGACUUUUGAGCAGCUCCUGAAGACAUUUCAGCUCUGCAGAGGCAUGCUGGGAGAAAUUCUGUCAGCCUAUGAAUUCUUGGACAGUGAAUGUAUGAGGUUGCUGAAUACACACCUCAAACUACCCAACCCCAUCUCAGAUUGUUCAUUCUACGUUGUCAUAGAAACAUCGGGCUCGGACCCAACGCACGACGGGGAGAAGCUCCACAGUUUCCUCGAGGAGGCGAUGAACUCGUCGCUGGUCACCGAUGGGACCGCGGCAACUGAAGACUCGAAAAUCAAGGCCCUGUGGGCGAUGCGUGAACGGGUCACAGAGGCGCUGACGCACGACGGCUUCACUUACAAGGACCACGUCUCGCUUCCGCUGGAGCGGAUCUACCAGCUGGUGACGGACCUGAGGGAGCACCUGGGGGGCCGAGCCAAGAGUGUGGUGGGAUACGGACAUGUCGGAGAUGGAAACCUGCACUUGAACAUCACCUCUCCCGCCAAGGAUCCCGCUCUUCUCGCCGCCAUCGAGCCCUUCGUCUACGAGUGGACGGCCAGCUGUCGCGGCAGCGUCAGUGCGGAGCACGGACUGGGCCUGAAGAAGAGGAACUAUAUCUACUACAGCAAACCCAGACCGGUCGUAGCUCUGAUGGGAGAUAUCAAGGCCAUGCUGGACCCCAAGGGCAUCCUCAACCCGUACAAGACUCUCCCAGAUGACCUGAAGUGAACCACUCUCAGCUGUGGGGGUGGAGACGGGGCUCAUGCAGGAGCUCCAUCUUAGCCACAACCUUGUUGUCAGAGCUGCUGCUCUUUCCUAUGAAACCUUUUCCGCACAUUUAGUGCCAAACUGCAGGUUUUGCAAGUCGUUUCAUUGUCAUCUGCACAAAGCACGAUUAUUAGAAAGACGUCUGCGUCAACAAGCUGCUGACUUUGUUCUGUAGCCGUUGUUAAACUCUGGAAUAUGACAAGGGAAGUUAGAGCAUUAUUGGCUACUUAAAACGGGCCUAAUAGCUUUAGGCCCAUCUACUCCUUAUUCCUUACAGAAUGAUCAUGAUUGGUGUUAAGGUAUUUGUACAUUUUAAUGUCAUUUUCUAAUGUACAUAUAAACCUGACUUUAAAUAUAUAUACUUGAAAGAU